GCUGAUCCUGACACAGCAAAGUACUCAGUGUGAGCACACACCCACUUAUACACACACACACACACCUACAUAAACACCUGUGGCUCCAGAGAUCAGAAUUAAAGAGGAGGACCUCAGUCUGGCCAGAGGAGCAACUUAACUCCCCAGUGGGAUUGUACAAGUCAGUCUGGACUGACUGGAGGAACAAGGCUUUCUGAGCGCACAGGGAGUAACUGAGUCGGGACCAGAGAGACAAAGAGGAUCAUCUGACAUCAGUUAACAGACAACAGACCAAGAGGGGGAAGGACGGACAGUGGAGUCCAAGCAGACUGGACACAGGAGAGGGAAGGCUCAUAUUUCUGAAGAUGGAAGAAACUCCACAGAUCUGGCACGUGCAGGUUGACCCCCAGGACAUGGCUGGAGAGAUACAAAAGAAAGUGUCAGUCGUAAGCCAGCCGGAGUGCUCCAUUUGCUACAACGCCUUUGACAAUGUAUUCAGAACACCCAAACUGCUGGAGUGCACCCACACCUUCUGCCUGGAGUGCCUCUCCCGCCUCAUGGCGGUCUCGGUGGCUGACCAUGACAGCAAUGGUGACAUCACACAUGUCUCCUGUCCCUUCUGCCGCCACCUCACCACACUACCCAGAGAGGGACCCCCGGCACUGGCCACCAGCCGCGAGGUCCUGUGCAAGCUUCCCAGGCACCAGCAGCAGGAGGAGCCGGUGUGGCUGGAGGGGCAGAAGCUGUGCUACAAAAGCUCAAGGCAAGGCACCAACAUGGGUGCUCCUGAGAGUCCAAGUGCCUUCUGCAUCUGCAUUGACAUUGGGGCCAACAAGAACAUGGUCGCUCCAGUCCUGAGGCAGCCCCGGACUUUUGGUCUGCUGGGCCGGAUUUCAGACUGGAAGAGGAUGAUGCUCUUCAUUGUGCUCGUGGUGCUGAUUAUUGUCAUUGUGUUGUGGCCACUGCAGUGCGUGUUCAGCACUGGGAACAUACGCUGCACCCGGCAACAUGUCACCACCAACCCUACUUCUAGCCCAUUCACCACCACGCUUCCUUUGAGAGGCUGAACCUUUUGACUAAUUGGACUCAACUGUACAUAUUAUAUAUGACACAAGUAACAUUUUUAGUGUAUAGUUGCACUUGUGUACAUUUGGCUAUUGCUGCAAACACCACCUCAGAUUUUUAAACCUUAAACAGAACCACGGGCUUUUUAAAGUCUGACUUUAGUGCCCCCUAGUGGUAAAACCAGUCAUGUGGCAGACCCACCAGGGGACGCUCAGAUGAAAGAGCUGAAAACACCACAAACUGCAUCAGUUCUCACAGGACUCGGGUUGUGUUGUCAUAAGUCAACAGUUUCAAUUAGAUGGAUUCUAAAAAUUACAAUCUAAUACAAAGCAGCUUCAAGUCUACAAAGCUGAAAUUUGUCCAGUGACACAAAAACCUUGAGAUGUCAUUUUUUGCACUUAGUUUGACGUUGUAUUCAGACACCAGUUGGAGUCUGUUUGGCUAUUACACAAACUCAGUUUAAUGCAAAGCCAAACAAUGUUUAGAAUGCUGUUAUUUCUUUCCAAAAUGUGAACUCUGCUCUGUGCCAACUGAAAACUUUUAUAGA